AUGAUCCCCAAUUUCUUCAAUAGUUUUCCGAACCUUCAAUUGGCUUCUUAUGCACAUUUCGCUGAGAGUGGAACCAAUAAUGCACAGAAUGGAAUCAAUACAUUAAUAAAGAAGGGAUCCAAUAAUGCAGAGAAUGGAACAAACACUGGGAGAAGGCUUCUCGAAGAUGAAAAUUCAAGGGGUUCGCUGGAUGGUGGCUCAAAAUUUAAAGAGAAUGACCACAUGAAAAUGUUCAUGUUAGAAGCAGAUGCUGAUUCUUCUUUCGAGUUAUUCCGUGAUAGUGAUGAAUUAGCCGACGAGUACAUUUAUGACUACGAUGAUGACGUUUCCAUGUGA